AUGGGCCUUGGUUUUAGUGCUCUAAUGUUAGCAAUUGGAUAUUUUCAAAAACGCUACGGUAACAAAGUUGAAAGUGCGGAGGAAUUCAAUUCUGCUAGUCGGAGUGUUCGUACUGGGCUGAUUUCCAGUGGUGUUGUUUCAGCAUGGUGCUGGAGCGCUACUCUUCUUACAUCAACUUCAAAGAGCUAUUCAUUCGGUAUUUUGGGGAGUUACAGUUAUGCUACAGGUGCAUGUCUGCAAAUUUUACUGUUCUCGGUCGUAGCAACAUCAAUGAAACUAAAGUGGCCAUAUGCACACACCUUCGUUGAAAUAGCAGGGGCAAGAUGGGGUAAAGCAGCACAUUGGCUUUGGCUUUUCUUCGCGGCAUGUUGCAAUUUAAUCGUUUCAGCAAUGCUGAUAUUAGGAGGAAGUGACACUGUCGCUGCUCUCACUGGAAUGCCUACAUUAGCAGCAGUCUGGCUCAUUCCUCUAAGCGUCUCAAUUUACGUCGUCGUUGGAGGUCUCAAAGCAUCACUUGUAGCUGAUUACCUUCACACAAUUAUUCUCUACGGUGUUAUACUUGGCUUCUGCUUCUUCACAUACACAUCAGCACCGGAUAUUGGCUCACUGGACCGUCUUUACGAUUUGUUAGUCCAGCAAGGUAUCAACAAUCCUGUAGAAGGCAACGCAGAUGGUUCAUAUCUCACAUUUCGCUCCAUGGGCGGUAUUGUCUUCUUCUUUGUCAACCUUUGCGGAAAUUUCGGUACAGUAUAUAUGGAUCAAGCAUAUUUCAAUCGUGCUGUAGCUUCUCAACCGAAGUCUAUUACAAAAUCCUUCGUACUUGGAAGUUUAUGCUGGUAUCCUAUCCCAUUUGCUUUCGCAACUUGCCUUGGUUUGGCUGGUGCAGCAUUAAAGAACUCUGACGUUUUCCCUUUGUUAACAUCAGAUGAGGUCACCGCUGGACUACCAGCACCUGCUGCUGCUUUUGCCCUCAUGGGUAACGCAGGAGCUCGUGCUAUACUUAUUAUGCUCUUCCUUGCAUGUACAGCAGCAUCAUCAGCAGAGCUUGUUGCCGUCAGCACGCUCGUGACAUACGAUGUUUUCAAGAGGGUGAAACCAAAUGCAACCGACAAGCAAACAUUAUUUGUUUCACAUGCAAGUGUUGCUGGAUUUGGAAUUUGUCAAGCACUUCUUGGUACCAUAUUUUACUACAUUGGUAUAGGAAUGGGAUAUCUCUAUGAGUUGAUGGGAAUCAUUCUCUGUCCAGGCGUUGUCCCUCUUAUAUGCUGUAUCAUGUGGAAGAAGGCUAAUAAAUGGUGCUGCAUUGGAGCUGCUGUUAUCUCAUUACCUCUCGGUAUCAUCGCUUGGUGCGUCACAGCGUACAAGCUCAAUGACGGUAUUGUCGAUAAAACUACCACUGGCCAAGAUCUACCAAUGCUCGCUGGUAACACAGUUUCAUUCGGUCUAUCAAUUGUAAUUUCAAUCGUUGGUUCAUUGAUCUUCCCAGACGAUCAUGAUUUUGAGACAACAAAAAAUACCGGUAAAAAAGCUGUCAAGCAAGCCGAACAGUCUGUUAUACGCGAACAAGAGGUUAUUGUUACGUCACAAAUUGACGAUAACUCGGAAAAAUUUGACAAGGAUGACAAACAAGAGACAACACCUGCGGUAUUGAAGGACUUCAGUGUACCAGAUGCCACACAAGGAGAUUUGAGUGAGGAAGAUUUUGCAUAUCUGACAAAGUCAAUGAAAUUAGCUGCUGGCUUCGCCAUCACCUGGACCAUCGUUAUGGUUUUUAUCGUGACUUUCUCGCUUUAUGGUACUUCUUACAUCUUCCCACGUGCUGGUUUCAAAGCAUGGGUUAGCAUAGGUCUUGCAUGGCUUUUACUUGGUGCAACUUAUAUUAUACUAAGUCCAAUAUAUGAAUCACUGCCAAGUUUAAUCAAAAUUUUCAAAGGAGUCACAAUAGAUGUAUUUACUCUAGGUAACUACAAAAAGUCGAGACCUUCGGAUGAGGUCUAGAAUCUUAUAAACUUCGCGUUUAUCUAAUUAAGUGUAUUUUUAAAUGUAUAUUAUAUGAACCAAGCUUUG